CCACAUGAUGUGCGGAGUGAAAGAACGCGCAUGUGUGAUUUCAACGCGUGCUCGCCGCAUGUUCCGUAGCCAUUUUGGCUCAAGCCAUUUCGGCUCAAGGCCUAGUUCGAGAUUUCCUUUGAGAACACAGACUCCACCGUGCAUCAACGCGGGAGCCACAUGUUGCAUGAACCAUUGCAGAGCGACUGCUGCGAGGUGUUCAGGAUCCGCACGGACACGGAAGACCCGGUUUGGCGCAUCGCGUUUUUCGUCGGUCGAGCAGUGCGUUUUUGGUGGAUGCAGACGACGGACAGCCAUUACUUCGCGUCGCCAGCAAGCCGAAGGCAUUUUUGGAGAUAUUAUUGGAUUUCGAUUAUUUGUUGGUUGGCUUUUUGGUUCGGCUUGAUCUUUGCAGGAGUGUUCAAACUUGACAUUGCGGGGCAGGGGUUCUCGCUGUCGCUGGUGCUGUUGAUGCUGCUGUCCUUGGCAAUGACGGCAUUGCCAACGACAUCCGUGUGGUCAGAUGUAUUCAUUACCACCACAUUUAGUUCGUUGUUUUGGAUGUUUAACGUAUAUCAUCCUAUUGAUGGUGUGGUCACACAACUCCCCGUGUACGUCCUUGUGUGCUGGGCCGUUGGAUUGCACAGUUCCUGUGUAUUGCAGUUCUGCAUUUCUGGAGCCAUCUGCGUCCUUCAUUGCGCUCCGAGCGUGGAUAAGCUCAUACUGGUUCAGGCGGUGGUGGCUUUGGUCCCAGUCUUCUUCCUUGAGUGGCUGGCUACGGCCCAUUUCCGUAAAAUGCAAAAUCUCCUGAACGUUUCGACAGACGGGCAGUUGGUCAUAAACAGGAGCACUGGCGUCGUUGUCAGCGUGACCGAACAGGUGCAAGAACUAUUAGGCGGAAGCGCUCUUGGAACACAAUUCAAGCACUUAGCUCAUACCAGUGAUCGUGCCAAAAUCGAUCGUGUGUUUAGCAGGAGUUGUGGGGAGCCCUCGGAGACUUUCUUGGCCACGCUUAACUGCAUAGGCUCUUCAAACGGCCUGCCUACGCAUGAGUUCGAGGCUCGCAUCAUACCUUACGAAGUCACUGGGCCUCUUUUGCACUUUUGCAUUCAAGUCGUGGGAGAGGUGAGGUCGUGCGACUUUGGCACUCGCAGCUCCGAGCAGCCACCAAUUGAGAACUCGAGCGCCGCUCCAGGCCGCGCCACUCAAUGCAACGCUCAGCAGACACCAAUGAACACUUCGAUCGCCGCUUUGACCCAAAUCGAACGCCACUCCAGGCAGGCAUGUUAUGCGGCACCAGUCGCGCACCAAGGGCAUCAGGAAUAUGGUCAGCAAUCGAGGUGUCAUGGAGAUGAAGAAGCACCGUCUGCUGAGCACCAGGGCCUCGGCUUGUCUAUCGGACGGGAGAACGGCGAGUCGUCGGCUGCGCACCGAGAGCACAACUAUGAUGGUGGGACGUCCUCGAACACUGAUGAGGAGGUGCGCAUGGCGAUGCACGAGUCGCCCGACGAGCUGGACCCGAGCGCUGGGGAGCACGGGACGGCAAAGCGCGGGUCGCCCGGCGAGGGGGCCGGCCCGUCGCGGGGGCCGACAGGGGCCGCUGCCGCAGCGGUGCCAGGCCCUGGCGGGGAGCGCGCUCCCGUGGGCCGGCCCCUGGAAGCCGGCAGGGAGUCCCAGGCAGGCUGGCCGCGAGGGGCCGCAGCGCCUGCGCCCGCCGUCCGGGCGCCCGCGAGGGCGCCGAGCCAGCUGCUGCCCGCCAGGGCCGCCAGGGCCGGGGGCGGCCGUGCGCCCCGCACGCCACGGGCGGGCGGCGUGGGCGCGGGCGAAGCGGGGCAGUUCGAGGUCCCCGUGGGCUCCUCUGCUCUGGGCGCACAGCGCUCGCAGCGCUCGCAGCGCUCGCGGGCACCGUUCUCGGUGGGCGCUGCCCCGGCCACGGCUGCCACGGAGGAGGGCUCCUCGGCACGGCCUCGGCCUCGCCAAGCAACCUGGGUGUCGAUGUAGCCUGCUCCUCUCGGUUCUCAUGUGAGGUGUCGCUGGCCGCUGGGGCCGCUGGUUCUGAUCUGAGGGGAUAUGCGUACGGACACACCCGGCACGCUCCGCUUUGUCGCCCAGGCCACGUUUCACCGUACCAGCCCGUCAACCGUGCCUUGCAUGAGACGGACCUCCCGUGUGCACCAUGUGAUUCGCCUCUUGU